CUUUUGGCUUGGCUGUCUAUCUAGGCUUGAAGAGAAACCUCUUUGUCGCCAAAACUGGAGUAGCACAGAGGGCUUGGACAAGAAUCCGACAAGUACUAAUUACAUGCUCGAAAACACGAAAGUAGUACUUCGGCUUUUUCCCAUAUGGACAAUGCUCCUAAUGUUUGCUGUGAUCUUCCAACUGCCUACAACCUUCUUUACCAAACAAGGUAUGACAAUGAAGAGAAACAUCGGAAGCAGCUUCCAGAUUCCACCAGCCACACUUCAGAGUGCCAUCACUCUGUCUAUAAUUCUCCUGAUGCCUUUAUAUGACAGAGUUCUGAUCCCAGUCACACGUCUGGUCACCCGAAACGAAAAGGGUAUCAGCGUGAUGCAAAGAAUGGGAACCGGGAUGUGUCUUUCGAUCAUAGCAAUGGUCACAGCAGCAGGUGUGGAAACACAGAGGCUAAAGAUUAGUAGAAAAGCUGAGAUUCAUGGCUCACAUUCAGAGACAGUCCCACUUAGCAUAUUUUGGCUGCUGCCCCAGUACAUCCUUUUAGGCAUUUCUGACAUAUUCACUGUCGUUGGGAUGCAAGAAUUCUUCUAUUCUGAAGUUCCUGUUAGGAUGAGAACAAUGGCUUUUGCUCUAUACAAUAGCGUGUUUGGAGUUGGGAGCUUUCUCAGUGCACUUCUUAUAACUGUUGUGGAAGACUUGACCAAGUCAAAGGGAAAUAAUAGCUGGUUUUCUGAUGACAUGUGUGAAGCUAGGCUAGACAAGUACUACUGGUUUUUGGCCUUGACAAGUGCACUUAGCCUUCUGUUGUAUUCCAUUUUGUGUAGAUUCUACAAAAGUAGAAGGGAUUUAGAAAAUGAACGAAUGUAAAUAAUCUUCUUCUUGUUCUCUCUCUCUGAUAAGAGAUUUUAUUUUCCCCCCUUUGUGAUAAAGAAACAUUGCUUGGUCUGACUGCAGAAAAAGUUGGCUGGUUUUGGGAACUGAAAAGUGAAGAAUAUUCCGUCGACAACAAUAGUGGUCAGCUUGAGACAGAAUACUGUGAUUGCAGAAACCACAUGUUAUUGAGUUCUGUUUACUAAAGCAGUAUAAUUGAGUUGCAAAUAUCUUACCACUGUAAUAAU